GCCUGCUCCCCAGCUCCGGCCCGGCCAGCUCUGUGCUCGCAGCCCCCAGGACGUGGUGGCGAGUGGUAACAGCCCCAGGUUUCUGUAGGGCCAUUGAAGCUGGGCCUUCCAUUGCCCCCCAGCCCACCAACUCUUACACCAUGUUCCAGCGCCUCACCAGCCUCUUCUUUAGCACCAGCCCACCCUCUGAGGAGCCCCCCUCCCCUAAAGCCUUCAUCUGCCCUGAAGAUGAGGAAGAAGUGGAUGGAUGGCUCAUUAUUGACCUGCCUGAUAGUUUUGCUGGCCCCCCAAGUCCCAAGCCAGCCUCCCCUUGCUUGCUGGAUGAGAGCUGGUUUGUUACGCCUCCCGCCUGUUUCACUGCAGAGGGGCCUGAGCUGGGGCCUGCCCAGCUGGAGAGCAGCCCCUUGGAGGACCUGCUCAUCGAGCACCCCAGUAUGUCUGUCUAUGUCACUGGCAGUACCAUCGUCCUGGAGCCUGGGCCUGGCCCAACCCUGAUGACCCCACCUCGGAGCCCUCCUCCAGCCAGAACAGGCCACCGGGAGGUCAUGCAACCCCGUCGGGAUCCAGGCCCCAGGCACCACACAGCCUCGAUGCCCUCUCGGACAGCACUGCUGGAAAAGGCCAGUCAGGCCCGGUGGGUGCAGCGGGCCCGCCAGAGGGCUGACAGACAGAGGCUGAGCCCUAAGGUCGUUCAGCGGCAGAAUCGUGUCCGAGAGCGCCAUCCCCGCCGGUCUAAGCACCAGGGCAGCUUUCUCCACCAGCCGUGCCAGCGCCAGUUCAAUUACUGACGCCACUGAGGUCACCCAUCAGCCCAUUCUGGGCUGCUCCACUCUACACUGCUCUCAAAUAAACCUCUCACCAGCCUCCCUCCCUCCCCUGCAGACACUACCCCUCACCCACUUAUCCUCACCAGCCUGCUCCUGCCACCUGUUCUGGACCUAAGUGGUGACCCCCACAUGCUCCAUGAAACUGUUGGCCAAGGCCCUGCUUCCCCAAGGGAGCCUCUACCUAAGGAGAGCUUAGAGGGAGAGAGAGGUAUUGCUAUCCAUCCCUGUGGGGUAAAUGCCUCCCUCUGGGAAUGCCCUUGUCCAGAGAUGCCAGCCCCUUACUUCUGAUCUCUGCAUUCCCCAACUGAUUCCUACUAUUCCCUACCUCUAAAUCCUAUCUUGUGAAUUCUGAUCCUCUUCCUCAUCCCCUACCCUUGACUUUCCCCAGUCUCUCAACACAGACCUCAACUUUGAUCCCCUUAUUUCCCUACAUCUGACUCCACCUACACACAUACAAAACACUGGUUCUAUCACACCUCUGCCCCUCUCAACUCUUCCCUCCUAGGAUGUCUGUCAAUGACAGAAGUGUGACUUUUCUAGGGCUCCCUGACACCCACCAUGGCAACUAGGUUGCAGUGCCCUAAGGCCCAGUUCCUAUUGUCUGUACCCUACGGCAGACUCAUUAAGAGCUGGCCCAGACCUCUGAAGGUAAAGUAUGUUGGAGAGGGUUGUGAGAUGUGAAACUUGAGAGUGAAAGAAUGGAGGAAUUCAGACAGGGACAGAAAACCAGAGACAUAUUUUAAGAGAGAAACAGCUUCAGAGGAGGGAACCCCUAAACACAGGAAAGCUAAGAGGACCUUACUACUGUGGCUUGGAAGAUAUAGAUGGUUUCCUCAAUCUGAUGCCAUCCACUGGAAUCAGAAAGAACUUCUGGUCCAGGAGACUCCUCCCUCACCCACAGAACUCCAAUGGGCUAGAAAUCUUCCUGGGGAUGGUGUUGGGAAAGGACUCUCUAGGGACUGGGUCGAGAGCAAUAGAAAGGGUAACUUCUGACCACAGCCUGAUGGCUCUAGAUAACUAGGCUGCCCAUUUUACUUCCUGCCUCAACACCAGAAUUCUGUACUUUGCAUUAUAAAAUGUCUCUCCCACCCUAGAGCUGGGGAGAAUCCUCUUUAACCCAGGAUGGACAGUCCUCCUGGUAAUCCCAAACCUUCCUGUGUUGAAUAUUGUUUAGAUCAAGGUCUAAGAAGAAGGGUAGAGAAGCACUUUCUUUGGGCCUUUUAUUGCCCAUCCAUUCUUUGAAUUCUCACCCCUAAGGGUCUGGAGCUAUCACUAUCAAUCUACUGAGGGUUCCCCAUCCUCUUUCCACCUACAGAAACCAGGUGGCAGCUCUCUUUCUUCUGAGGUGUAUAGCAGAAGAGAAAGUCCCUAAACUACAGCUGGCCUGUAAGACUUAAGAAGGAGCUGCCCCUUUCAUACUGUGGGCUGUAAAUUCUGGGCUUAGAUACCAGCAACUACCCACUUGCCCUGAAUUACCCCUGUCAGUUUCUAGAUGUCAUUCUUUUUUCCAGUCUCUUCUCAGUUUAUUUCUUACACUAGUUCUAAUACUUAAAACUUUCAAGGAUUUUUCCUGACACAUGACUAAUGACAAUUCUUGCCCACAGAUCCCUUCUCCCAUUCCCUGGCCUUGGCUCUGGCCAGAGUACAACAGGGUUGGCUUCUGUGUCCAGGUGCCUAUAGUGGGCAGAGGCCCCUCAGACCCAAGGAGCAAACCAAAUUAAAAAAAAAAAUUAAAACAAGACAUUUAAAAAUACUUCCAGCUUGCUCAGAAGUCAGUGAUUAAGAGUUCAUCCUGUCCCUUUUAAGGUUCCUUCAACCGUCUUUCAAGAGUCUUCCCUCCUGGCCCCCCACAACCCUACUUUAGCCACCUCACACCCAGCUAUGUUGUGGCAUUCACAAUAGCUGAAAUAAACUUCAAAGUUCCUGCUUUCCCUGUUCCAGUGCUAGGGGAUUGGGUUUGGCUCCCAGUUGCUGUUUAAUGAGAGAAAUCUGGAGAGCUGGAACCCAUCAUCCCAAACCUUGCUUGCCCCCCUGUUAAUGCCUACCCUUCCCAUAAGGCUCCUUGCCACUGUAGCAUCAAGCAUCUGGGUGUGGCAAUAUUUGGUCU